AUGGACGGAAGGAAGGAGAUCUCGCCCUCGCCGCUUCCGGAUCGUGCAGCGUCAUGGGCGUCGAGCCAAGGGGCGAGGGAACGUAGGAACGAAGGAGUAGGAGGCAAGGAGCGAAGGAAGGAACGUAGGAGGAAGGAGCGAAGGAUCGUAGGAGUAGGAGGCAAGGAGCGAAGGAACGUAGGAGCCAAUGAACGUAGGAGCGAAGGAUCGUUGGAACGUAGGAUUCAAGGAGCCAUGAAACGCAGAGGAGGAUCAAAGGAACGUGAAGCGAAAUAUUGUAAGGGACAAGGAGUCAGUGAACCCAGGGAACACGAGAUGAAGUCACCCGACGAGACAAGUUCACCCGACGAGACAAGUUCACCCGACGAGACAAGUUCACCCGACGAGACAAGUUCACCCGACGAGACAAGUUCACCCGACGAGACAAGUUCACCCGACGAGACAAGUUCACCCGACGAGACAAGUUCACCCGACGAGACAAGUUUACCCGACGAGACAAGUUCAUCCUCCAACAAGUUCAACCAACCAUUAGUUGAUGACGUCACGCUAGCUGAUGACGUCACGCUGGCUGAUGACGUCACGCUCCAACCCGUACCAGGGGAUCUCUCGCGAGGAAAGGGAACUCCCGCCGCCGCUCCUGCUGAGGCUGCUGCUGCUGAUUCAUGGGCUCUGCGGCCGCUGCUGAAGGCGGGGCGCACCGUCCCUGACACCACAACAGGCACUCUAGACAAUGCUGACACCACCGCCGCCCGUGACAACAGCAGCGCUGACAACACCGCCGCCCAUGACAACAACAGCGCUGACACCACCGCCGCCCAUGACAACAGCAGCGCUGACACCACCGCCGCCUCUGACAACAGCAGCGCUGACACCACCGCCGCCCAUGACAACAGCAGCGCUGACACCACCGCCGCCCCUGACAACAACAGCGCUGACACCACCGCCGCCCAUGACAUCAGCAGCGCUGACAACACCGCCGCCCCUGACAACAGCAGCGCUGACACCACCGCCGCCCAUGACAACAGCAGCGCUGACACCACCGCCGCCCCUGACAACAAAAGCGCUGACACCACACGUACUCUUUCAACCACUCCCUCGCUCUCUUCGUGGCCGGCUGAAGCAAUCGCCUCCGCUCGCUCUUCAUGA